GCCGUGAUAAGACAGAAAUAGACUCUUAUCCUGUGGAUCCUAUAAUACCAGUAAUAUAAGGAACAACAGCAUCAUAGUCAAGUUGACUGCAGUAUUGUGGCUCAUCUGAAAGGCACAAUGUGGCAGGUAAUCCUCAUCCUUCUGUGCAUCAGCAUCCUUCCAACCCAGACCAUAAUCUGCCCCAGCAGUUGCAUGUGCAACGAGAAAGGAGCUGUCAAGUGUGUUGGCAACAUCACAGAUGUGCCUAAGACCAUGCCUAACAGCACAUACCUUCUCCAACUUAACGACACAAACGUGAGGGUCCUGAAUGAGCAAAGCCUCGCCAACCUGCCAUUAAUGCUGCGCUUCAGCGUUAGCUUCAGCUCCCUGAGCGCUGUCCAUCCCAGGGCUUUCUACGUGGCCCCCCAGCUCCUGUCGGUCAAGCUGUCCUUCAACAACCUCACAAGCCUCCCGCCCAGGGUUUUCAGCCCCCUGGUCUCCCUGGAGCAGCUUCAUCUAGAUGGAAACCAUCUGGAAUCCAUUCCCUCCGUGAUGUUUGAAGGUCUAGCCAGACUUAUAGAGCUUGAAAUGAGUCGGAAUGCCAUUGUCCAUCUGGCACCAGAUGUCUUCAGCAGCCUGAGCAGCUUGCGCUUCCUCAAUUUGGGGAAGAACUACAUACGAGAGCUGCCACCCACCGUCUUCCACUCACUGACGCGACUGCAGUUCCUUAUCCUCUAUAACAACCAGUUGGAGAGAAUAGAGUCUGGAGCCUUUGACGAGCUUGCCAACCUCUUGGAGCUCAAACUCCACCACAACCAGAUUGCCAGCCUCCCCUCAGAGGUGUUCUGGGCCCUGGGUAACCUCAGAAUGCUUACCCUAUCCUCUAACAGGCUUCAGGGUGUCCCAGAGAAGACCUUCUAUUACAUGCCCAAGCUCACCAAACUCACCCUCUACAGUAAUCCUCUACAGUCGCUGCCUGACCAGCUGAUGGGACAGAUGCCCUUGAUAAGUGACCUUUACCUGUAUGGCACCAACCUCACUGUUGUCCCCUGGAACCUCUUUGCCAACAUGAGUGGUCUGCAAAAGCUCUCCCUCCACCUCAAUGACAAAUUGAGGGAGUUGCCUCAAGACCUGUUUUGUUGUCAGCCGAAGCUCCAGAGACUCUCUCUAAAAGCGAAUGACCUUCAGGUCUUAGACGGUGACCUGUUCUUCAAUCUCACCAACUUGAACGUCCUACUGCUGAAUGACAACAAGCUCCGCUCCAUCCCUAAGAACAUCUUCAGACGUCUUUCCAAUCUGAAUAGCAUAGAGAUCAACAAUAACCAUCUUAACACCCUUUCAGAUGAGGUUUUCUCCUCCAAUGUGGGUUUGAGGGCUGUGACUUUGGGUGGGAACCCAUGGGACUGUACUUGCAGCAUCAGAGAUAUUGUGGGUUGGAUCAGACGCCAUGAAGGUGUGGUCAGUGAUAGGGAGGGCGUGAAAUGUUACAGUCCCCAGCAUCUAGAGCUCCGUAAAUUGUAUUCAUUACAAGAUGAGGAGUUCUCAGUGUGUGACACCACGCCAUCAAGCUAUCUACCUACAACCCCUCCCAUAGAAAUAUAUGUGUCCCCUUCAAACCCAUCUUCAACCCUUUCAUCCUCUAUCCCCUUUAGAACCACUACUUCGAUCAUCACAGUAUCACCAACAACAGCCUCACAAACGAGCCCAGACAUUGUGCUUUUUGAGUCUGACAACCCAUUCCAGCUUUUCACCGAAGCUCUCCCACCCCCGCAAGGUGACUCUUAUUUCCUCUCUUUCCCUCCUUUCUACGACCGUCUGGUGGUCGAGCAGGGGCAAAAGUUUAUCCACAACAAUCGCAUGAAGAGCUGGGUAUAUAUCUGGAGCCUGUCUUCUGAUAGUGCCUCAGCUGGUUUAAUUAUGGCCCUUCACAUCCUGUUAGUAGCAGCAGGCGUUACUUUGAUCUUGGCAACCAUAUAUGGGAUGUAUCGCCUCCAACAGUCCAUCAAUGAUUUCUGGGAGGUGGCAUCAGGAAACAUGUUAUCCAACCAGAAGCAAAAGAGGACAGAUAGACUGUAAUUUCGACAUGCGUUUCAUUGUCACCAAUUCUUAUACACUUUUUUGGGGGAAGGCAUUUAAGCACAAACUGUUGUUUACAUUUUACAUUAAAAAUAUUAAGUAUAUGGGUUUGGCUAACAGACAUAUUUCAAGCAAAAGAAAUGUCACAAGUUAGUUUUCUUAUUUGUUAUACAGUAGUUAUGUAUCGAUAAUCAAAAUCAUUUACAAGCUGUAAUUAUUAGUAGCUAUUGGUGAGGUCCAGGAAGUCCUCUAAAUUGGACAAAAUAAAAGAAUUAUAAACGACAGCAUGGUUAUGAGCAAAAAAACAAUGUCCAUAAUGGGAUGAAUUGUUGGGUCUCAGGAGAAUAUGGUGUGAAAUUAUUUCAGAGAAAAGGGCACUCAGUGUUGUUUUGUCUACUCUUAGUGGUGUACAGUUUAAUCUACAGUAGCAGAAAUUGCUUUCCUGUGAGACAAAACUAAACAGCAUUCCAAACAUUCCCUCACGUGUUGACAUCCUUUUGCAGGGUAGAUAGCAGUAUACAUGUAGCCUUGAUAGAAAAGCUGAAUCUGUUACUUUCUUGUGAACUUUCAUGGACCAGUAGGAAGAUUGUUCUAUCUGAAUA